UUGAUGACAAUCAGUUCCCGCCAAAAGUGGGACGUAAUAAUGACGUCACAAUUAUGACGUUUUAUGCGUACUUUAAAACGUCAUCAAGUUAUACAUUUAGGUCUACAACUCGAGUGUCAGACUCUCGUACGCCUAUUUGUAUCGGAAGAAAAACUUUCUGUUUUGUAAGGGUCAUAAGGGAUUCCUAAAAUAUUGAACUGUGAUAGACUGAGCAAUUGGCGAGGUCAACAGGCCAGAGAAAACCUGAAAGUUCAGAAAUAACAACUGAAAAAUAGAACGGGUGUCUACAACAACACUGCAGAUGACACCACCGUCUUCAUAGACAUGGACUCAAACAACUGCGCAAACGAGAAGACCCUUGGGGACGGAAGUAUCGGCUGUUGUGGAUAUAUCCUGAUUUUUCUUUCCUACAUUAUCUUCCUCGUUACAUUGCCACUCUCCUUGUGCGCUUCCAUACAUGUAGUCCAUGAGUACCAGCGAGGUGUUGUAUUUCGUCUUGGUAGGGCGAAAAAGGGAGGUGCGAAGGGUCCAGGUCUCAUCUUCACGUUAUCAUGCGCAGAACAGUUUACCUUGGUAGACCUGAGAAUAAAGUCCUUCGAUAUACCACUACAGGAGAUUUUUUCCAAGGACUCUGUGACAGUGGCGGUGGACGCUGUGAUCUACUGUUACGUGUACGACCCAGUUAUGUCCGUCUGUAAUAUACAGGAUGCCUUUGGCUCCACUCGUCUUCUAGCAGCAACCACACUGCGAACCGUCCUUGGCACCAAGAAUUUGGCCGACAUGCUGUCAGAGAGGGACGUCAUUUCCAAGGAAAUGCAGAAAAUUCUGGACGAAUCCACAGAUCCUUGGGGCGUUAAGGUUGAGAGAGUAGAAAUAAAAGAUGUCCGAUUGCCGCGUCAGUUACAGAGGGCUAUGGCGACAGAAGCCGAGGCAUCCCGAGAGGCUAGCGCAAAGGUUAUAGCAGCCAAGGGCGAACAGAAGGCGUCCGCCUCACUGAAGGAGGCUGCUGUCAUAAUGUCACAAUGCCCAGCCGCCGUCCAACUUCGCUACUUGCAAACACUUAGUUCAAUAGCGACCGAGAAGAAUUCGACGAUCAUAUUCCCACUGCCGAUGGAGUUUUUAAAAGGCAUGACAGCCAAACAAUGAAAACUAAACGACAGCAUCACAAUUCCAGUUGGUGGUAUGGAUAUAUUCGUAUGUUAAUAACCCAGAACCAAUGAUCGAAGAUCUGGUUAACACACGACGACGACGACAUCCCUUCCAAACUUAAACUUGUGGACGUGGUUAUUAUCAUAUACGUUGUCUUGAGCAGCAUUAAAUAUAUUUGCCAUAUUGAACUGAUAUGCAGUUAGCGUGUGCAAUACCUUAUGUCGGAUCUGCUAAUUUACAUUUUAAUCUGACAGCGAUUAAUCAAAAUACACAUUUUUUGUGUGACUUUGUACUUGUUUCUUUUAAACGUGAAUAUCAGAUGAACAAAAUGCAGCAAAUAAAUCAAAGUACUGGAAGUACUGUAAACGAACGUUAUUGUUUAAUGCAAAAUCAGUAACAUUUUAAGUUUAGAGUGGAUAAAAACAAAAAUGGCUUCUUUUUUGGAAAGGUAUCAUCAGUUAACACAAUCGGGAGUCUGUGGCCUUAUUGAUGUCAACUUUCCAAUAUGCACUAAA